AUGGCAAGUUUUUCAUCAACAUUGAACGAGGAGAGAGUUAAUAGUCGAUCUGAUCUAUCAAGGAUUUAUGGCAUCGGUCAAACACCUCUUGCUCGAUUACGUCCGGAAAAACUCGAUGAUGGCACUAUUAAGGAGCACAUAUCGAUAAUCCAAGAAGUAUGUAAAGAUAUUGAUCCUGAUUUAAUUGCAGUUAUUCACCAUGAAUGUGAUUAUAACGUACAGAAUACCAUAGCUAGAAUCAAAGCUGGCGAUUUUGAGGAUGGCGGUUGGCAAACAGCGAAACAUAACAAUAAAAAGAAAAAUCACAAUAGCAAUCAUGUUGUCGAACCAAUAUCUAAUGGAAGUACGCAAAACGAGAGUGAACGAGCAAUAUCACAGCGUGCUUCUCCAACUUCAUCAGUUCGUGGAAAUAAUAGUACUGCUGCUGUUGGCGGACGACCACGACAAGAAUCUUAUCAAAACUCAUCAAUGCGUACAAAUGCUGGACGACGUGGCAAUGAUCCCGGUCGCAAUCAUUCGAUUCCAACGAACUCACGUUAUCCAGCGCGUAGUAAUUAUUCCAAUACCAAUACAGCUAACAAAUCAUUGUCAACACAAGUAAACCCGAGUGAAAUAAUUCCAUCUUCAAAGCCAAAAGAAGAGAUCACAUCCGUAGCGUCAUCGUCAUCAUCGUCGUCGUCAGCGGACGAAUAUGAUUUCACUGGUGGCGCAACACAGUCAUUAACAUUUGACAAUAGCCAAAAGCCAACGAUUUCAUCGACUACAAAACGUCCAAUGCCAUCAUCGAUUCCACAACGACCGGUAUCAAUGCAUCCAACUGUUCAAUUCUCGACAGAACCGAUUGACAUUCAAUUUGGUGAUGUUCAAUGGAAUGAUUCCAUACCGAUGACAAUUACUCCGUCCAAUAGCUCUGUAUUAGUCAGAGCAUUAGACAGUCAACAGCUAUCAUCUGUUCCAAGCGUCCAAGAUCAUGGCCAUAAAUCGGAUGUCGAAAUGAAUCUAUCAUCGAGUUAUAGCAAUCGCUCAACAACGAAUGAAAUCGAUAGGGAAUUACAUGAAACUGCCAAUCGACUUUCAGCUUCAUCAAUAUCAAUUGAUAUAACCUCGAAUAACACAGCGGGUGUACCUCUAGAAGGAACUUCUCAUUUAUCUGAUCAUUUAAGUGAACAACAGCAACAGGAAACAUCGCUACCAAUACCACCUUCAUCAUCAUCCCUGCCUGAUGCAGCACAUUUACCACCAACAUCAACACCAAACGCUUCGGAAUAUACUUCGCCGACUGCUCAAAUCAAUAAUCCAUUCAUGCCAAAUAUUCUUCAAUCAUCUCUAUCUAACGGAAGCAAUAUUUCAGGCGGAAACUCAUCCGCCUUCACACCUUACAAUACAGCUACUGGUUUUCAGCCAAUCGCUGGAGAAUAUUCUCAAGUAGCGCCUAAUUGGAGUCAACAACCUUCAAAUUUUAAAGCGAUGUCUAAAUCACCAAUGGUACAACCAGGAAAUUAUCCUCCGCAAGCAUCUUACCCAUUACCACCACAACAAUUUCUUGUAGGACCUUAUCAAUAUGCGCCUGCACUUUAUCCAGUCAUAACAACAUCUGUAGAUCCAUGGUCUUCUGCCGGAUUCGAGCAAUAUCCCGCAUAUCCACCAACCAAUUACAUACAGACAUAUCCUGCACAACAACCGUAUCAAUCUGCCCAGAUUCAACCAGCAAAAUUCGAUCAGUAUUCAUACGAUAAAGAAACUCAUGCGCAUUAUGGGCAAGCAGCUAAUUCAUCGCAACCUACAAAAGAUACUCUGAUGACAAGCAAAUUAUCUGCAAAUGCAGCUACAUUCCCUCAGGGAGCUCCAUUGGCAGCCACUAGUCCAGCAACAGCUUUCUAUAUCAAUCCCUUUCUAUACACAGUGCCAACGUAUUAUACGUCACAUCAGGAUCGAUCAAUGACUUAUCCUUCGGUUGAUAAUCGUGAUAAUCGAACUGGUGCUUCAUACGGUAGUAGUAACAAUCGAAACUAUCAUCAACAACAACGUACGCAUCAUAAUUCCAUGUGGCAUUCACAACAUGUAUCAAUUGACUCAAGAGCUUCACAGCCGAUGAACCAACGAGAACUAGAUCUAAAUUGCCAAACGAUUAUUUCAAUGAAUACGAAAAUCAAUCAAGUCUUAUUAGAGAAUAUUGAACAGUCAAACGAACCACCAAAGCAAUUUACUUUUGAUGCAGUGUAUGCUGAAGAUUCUAUCACAGAGAAUCUUUAUGCUGAAUCAGUUUUUCCUCUCGUUGAAAGCGUACUCGAAGGCUAUAAUGCAACUGUUUUUGCUUAUGGUCAAACAGGGUGUGGGAAAUCUUUUACUAUGCAAGGCAUAAAUACACCGGGAUCACUACAGCGUGGUGUCAUUCCUCGAUCGUUUGAACAUAUAUUUGAAGCAUCAUCUGUAGCGACUGGUGCAAAGUAUUUAAUUCGUGCCUCAUAUCUGGAAAUCUACAACGAAAAUAUUCGCGAUUUACUCAGUAAAGAUGUUAAAGCAACACUUGAUUUGAAGGAGUAUCCUGACAAAGGUGUUCAUGUCCAAAAUUUGACAUGGCAUCAAUGCACAAAUGUUAGCGAUUGUGAGCGUUUGAUGGAAAAGGGAAAUCGAAAUCGAGCGACAGGUGCUACGUUAAUGAAUAAAGAUUCAUCUCGAUCGCAUUCAAUAUUUACCAUUGUCAGUGAAGUUUGCACAAGAAGUGAACUUGAUGGGAAAGAUCAUAUUCGUGCAGGUAAACUCAAUCUUGUUGACUUAGCUGGAAGUGAACGACAAUCGAAAACACAGGCUGAAGGUGAACGCUUACGCGAAGCUACUCGUAUCAAUCUAUCGCUAAGUGCUUUGGGUAACGUCAUAUCGGCAUUGGUAGAUGGUCGUUCGAAACAUAUUCCAUAUCGAGAUUCAAAAUUAACACGUAUGCUGCAAGAUUCACUUGGUGGAAAUACGAAAACACUGAUGGUUGCUGCCAUAAGUCCAGCUCAUGACAACUAUGAAGAAACACUUUCAACAUUGAGAUAUGCAAAUCGAGCGAAGAAUAUUAAGAAUAAGCCGCACAUUAAUGAAGAUCCUCGUGAUACUCAAAUGAAAUUACUACAAGAGGAAAUCAAUCGGUUGAAGCAAGAACUUCUCAAUUCAGGAAAUCCUCGUGCAAAUCAAUCAUAUCUAACCAGUGAUAGUAGAUCUCAAUUCGAUCGAGACGACGAAAUUGAACGAGAAAAGGAAAGACUACGCGCUGAAUUCGAACGUGAGGUUUCGGAAGUACGCCGACAAUGUGACAGUGAACGUCUGACCAAAGAAGAACUACAACGACAAUACAAUAACCUAAAAAAGCAAUAUGAUAACGAUCUUGAUGCAUUGAGUAAUAAACAAACUACAGGAGGAGGAGAAGGAGGCGAACAAUCAACAACGGGCAAUGAUAGAAACAAACCGAAGAAAAAAGGUGGUAUAUUAAAGCAAAGGCCGAAUGUUGAUGCGAAUGUUGAUGAUGUAUCCACACCCUCGAAACCGAUGGAUGAAAGUGAAAAAAUCGAACGUUUGCAUGAAUUAGAGAAUAAAUUCAUCGGUGGUGAAGAUGCAGAUAAUGAUGCACGAAAGAGAAAGCGUGAAGAGAAGUUAAAGAAAAUGAAGGAGAAACGAGAACAACGUAAAAAAUUUGGUAGUGCUAUGAAUGCGGACGAUGAUGAUGCUAUGAUGAGAGUGUUUGAUAAUGCUCAAGAGGAGCUUCAUUUUACAUGCAAAAAACUCGAUGAACAACAGAUAGAAAAUAGACGUUUGAAAAGCGAUAACGAAGAUUUACAACAUGAGUUUCAAAGUGAACGCGAAGGAUACUUGAGUGUCAUUCGUGAACAAGAAAAACGCUUACUUCUCUAUCGCACGAUGCUCGACAAGAUGAGUCAAGUUAUGCAACGUAAUUGUAAUUAUAGUAAUCUUGAUAAAAUCAUUGAACAAGCUCGUUACGAUGAAGAAAAUAAUCAAUACUAUCUGCCAGAGCUCAUCCGUGAAGAAGUUCAAUUUCCCCAAAUGGGAAACCUUCCUGCUCAAACAAACGGACGUGCUCCACAAAAUACUGCCCGACCAAUUCCUACAACUCCUCCAACUGACUACGAACCUGAUUUCAUCAUGCCAUCAUCCAUGACAAAUAGUUUUCAAAAUCCGUUUCCAAUGAUGAAUUCUGAUGAAAUUGAAACACGUUAUGGACGUAAUUUGAAUCCAAUCAAUAUUCCCGGAGAGAAAAUACUUAGCAAACGACAAGAACAAUUAUUAAGUGAAAAUUCGGCCUUAUCAAGAGCAAAACGUCCAUUACAAAUGAACAAUAAUGAGAAUGAUUAUAUGAAUCGUCGCCUGAAUCCAUUCGAGGCACCAUCGAGAUUAACACGAAAAUGA